GCCGCCGCCGCCGUUCCUGGAGUCCGGGGUGGUGUGUGGGGGAAGCCGUCCCCGGCAGCAGGAUGAAACGAGGAGGAAGAGAUAGUGACCAUAAUUCAUCAGAAGAAGGUUCUGCAGAGAAAUCCAAGAAAUUGAGGACUACAAAUGAGCAUUCUCAGACUUGUGAUUGGGGUAAUCUCCUUCAGGACAUUAUUCUCCAAGUAUUUAAGUAUUUGCCUCUUCUUGACCGGGCUCAUGCUUCACAAGUUUGCCGCAACUGGAACCAGGUAUUUCACAUGCCUGACUUGUGGAGAUGUUUUGAAUUUGAACUGAAUCAGCCAGCUACAUCUUAUUUGAAAGCUACACAUCCAGAGCUGAUCAAACAGAUUAUUAAAAGACAUUCAAAUCAUCUACAAUAUGUCAGUUUCAAGGUGGACAGCAGCAAAGAGUCAGCUGAAGCAGCUUGUGAUAUAUUAUCACAACUUGUGAAUUGCUCUUUAAAAACACUUGGGCUUAUUUCAACUGCUCGACCAAGCUUUAUGGAUUUACCAAAGUCUCAUUUUAUCUCUGCACUGACAGUUGUGUUUGUAAACUCCAAAUCUCUGUCCUCGCUGAAGAUAGAUGAUACCCCAGUAGAUGAUCCAUCCCUCAAAGUACUAGUGGCCAACAACAGUGAUACACUCAAGCUGCUAAAAAUGAGCAGCUGUCCUCACGUCUCUCCAGCAGGUAUCCUUUGUGUAGCUGAUCAGUGUCAUGGUUUACGAGAACUGGCCCUGAACUACCACUUACUAAGUGAUGAGUUGCUACUUGCUUUGUCUUCUGAAAAACACGUUCGAUUAGAACAUUUGCGCAUUGAUGUAGUCAGUGAGAAUCCUGGACAGACACACUUCCAUACUAUUCAGAAGAGCAGCUGGGAUGCUUUCAUCAGACAUUCACCCAAAGUGAACUUAGUGAUGUAUUUUUUUUUAUAUGAAGAGGAAUUCGACCCAUUCUUUCGUUAUGAAAUACCUGCCACCCAUCUUUACUUUGGGAGAUCAGUAAGCAAAGAUGUGCUUGGCCGUGUGGGAAUGACAUGCCCUAGACUAGUUGAACUAGUAGUGUGUGCUAAUGGAUUACGGCCACUUGAUGAAGAGUUAAUUCGCAUUGCAGAACGCUGCAAAAAUUUGUCAGCUAUCGGACUAGGGGAAUGUGAAGUCUCAUGUAGUGCCUUUGUUGAAUUUGUGAAGAUGUGCGGUGGCCGCCUGUCUCAGUUAUCCAUUAUGGAAGAAGUAUUAAUUCCUGACCAAAAGUAUAGUUUGGAGCAGAUUCAUUGGGAAGUGUCUAAGCAUCUUGGUAGGAUGUGGUUUCCAGAUAUGAUGCCCACUUGGUAAAGACGUGAUGUAGGGCACCUUAACUUCAAGCAAAUGUAUUAUGUAAAAGCUUAUUUGCUAUAGUUCUGAUAUAAUUCUACUAUUUUGUGGCACAGAAAUUUGAUAUCUUCAGUGUGUAUAAAGGAUUGUUUAAUGGAAGACCCACAGAUCAGUUUUCAUUAGAAAGCUCCAUUUGUUUCUUUAGCCUAACAGCAAUCAAAUCUCUGAAAAUUAAAAAAACCCACACAUGGUUGGGAUGUGAAAGUAAUAACCAGUUAUAAAGACUAAACAGUUUAUAGUCUGAAGGAAACCAAACCUAUACAUUAUAAUAUACAAGAAAUACUAAUAGGUUUUCCUAAAUGUUAUGUUCUCUAUGCAUUUUUAAAAAAAUUUAAACUUGACAUUGUAGGGUCUUCAGUUAUACAUACACCUGUUAUAAGGUGUUUAAUACAGCUCAGGAAAGUGAGCAUUUUGUGGGAAAAAUGUAGGGUAUAUGUAAUGAAAAAGAUUGGUUGAAUGUUCUCAAAUGUUAUAAGCUGCUUAAAGAAAGAGGUUAUAUAUAAGUAAUUGGAUCACUUAGAAAACUGAUAAAUGUCACACAGUGGUUAUUAUAGAAGGAUUAUACACAGAGCCAAGAUCAAAUUAAAAGAAAAUAAAUGGAAUAAGGGAGGUAGUUUUUGCUUUGUAUAAACUUUUAGACUUGUUCUGUAAUCUGCUAAAUCACAUAAAUUCUUUUCCGUGAUAAUAUUACUAUAUAUGUGGCACUUGAGACCUUGUAUGUAAAGUAAGGAAUGCUUUACCAGUUGUCCUUGGUUUUAUCUUUGUUUAAACUAGUUUUGAAGCAUUAUACAGUAAUUGAAAGAAAAAACUUAUCUAUUAAAAAAGCCAAAUUGAAAUAAUUAAAGAUAGAACUUGAAAAUGUUCAUGAAUUGUUUCCAUGAAAGAGUAUUAGUCUUCAGUGAAUUUUAGUGAUGGCUCACUUUUCCAUUUUGGAAUUAUAUAGUUAUGUAAGUAGAAUUCUAAAAAGUCAUAAAAGGAGCACCACUGUACAGUUCCGCACAAAUAGUAAAUUUAAAAGGAUAUAUUUAAGUUCAUAAUCAUAUUUUUGAGUAAAUUUGCUCAGUGAACUGGAAAGUUUUAAUAGAAAAAUGUCUACAGUUUUUGGGACUGUUAAUUUGGUUAAAGUGAUAUUUUAUAUUAUUCAAAUUAGCAUUUUAUAUUACUUUCAUAUGAAUAAAGGUAAUCCAUGCAUUGUAGAGUCUAUAAAAAUCGUUUUGGGUUACAUUUCGUUUUAUAGAUUAUAUAAACUUUGAUUCUGGGCACUAGUGCUAGUAGAUAUAACCCUCCUAAAGGAAAUUAGAAGUGAUUUAUCCCCAGUGGAAUAUUUGAGAUGGCUCUCUUCAGUGGUGUGACUUUUAGAAACUAUCUCAGUAGUCAUGACACCUAACAGUCUUACAGAAGUAAUCUAUUUUUAAAAUAGAUGACCUUCCUAGGAAUAAAGUUAAAAGUGAUAUUCUACAUAAUUUUUUUCAAAAGUGAUGGUAGCCCCAUAUAAAGAAGAAAAAGGCUGACCCAGUCUUGAAAAUUAAAAGCUAUUGUAGUAUUUCCCCUCUUACUAAAUAGUAAAAAGCUUCUAUUGUACAAGAAAUGCCUGUGCUAGUGAAUUUUUUUUUUUCUUGAACAACUUUGGAAAAUGGAUUUGACAGUAUACAAUCAGUUUUAACCACAGCUUUAUUUGGAAAUUUACUUUUUGUACAAAUUGAAUAUAUAUAAUGCUUGAAAUAUUUUGUCACUUUAUAAGCAAAAUGUAUUGCACUUAAAUUGUUUAUACUGUAAAGUAUAUGUUAAAUGCUUUUUAUCAAUUUGAGAAUAAAGAUAGUUACUAAGCCUA